AUGUCUGACCAGACCAUCAUCUUCACCAAGGAUGCCCCGGCUCCCGUCGGCCCUUACUCCCAGGCCAUCAAGACCCCCUUCGCCAUCUACUGCUCGGGCGCCAUCCCCCUCAAGGCUGAUGGCACCUUUGUUGGCAGCAACAUCACCACUCAGACCACCCAGUGCUGUGAGAACCUCAAGGCCGUCCUCGCCGAGGCUGGCUCCUCCAUCCCCAAGGUCGUCAAGACCAUGAUCUUUAUCUCGGACAUGGCCCACUUUGCCGAGAUGAACGCCGAGUACGAGAAGUACUUCUCUCACAAGCCCGCUCGCAGCUGCGUCGCCGUCAAGACCCUCCCCAAGAACGUCGACGUCGAGAUUGAGUGCAUUGCUCUUCCUUAA